AAGUUCCGGCGUCCGCGCGGAGGCCAACUUGGAUUCGCUCUCGCGGGUGACCACCGCGCCCGGCCCUUCAGGGUCCAUCAGUUCCCGGUGUCCCCAAACUAGUUGCGGACGCCACUCACAGUGCCGAAUUUUUCCUGAGGCUUUUUGUUUCCUUUCAUCACUUUACGCUGUACCCGUCUGAAAGGGGCUGACAGCAUUUCAGAAAGCAUCUACUUUUCUUGAUGGAUCCAUUCAUCAAAUGAAAUAUGCGUGUACUAUUUUUAAAAGCUUUUUACUUCAUCAUAGAAAAGUUUACCCCCCCCAAAUGAAAAUGAGGACAUUUGAGAGAGUGAUUUGAGAAAGUGUCUUGUCAAAUCGGUGAACCAAAGGAUAAGUACUGAAUAAAUUAAUCUAAAACAUUAUUUUUUAAACCAGAAGGCUCUCAUCUUGACAGAAAAACAAUUUUGAUUCAGUGUGUAUCUUAUGAAAUGAAAAGUGAGAGACAAAAACAGACUUAAUAUAGAUGAAGAUAUUUAGUAAAUAAGCAUUGUCAACUGUAUUCUCAUGAAGAUAACUCAGUAAUGUGAAAUCCUGUACAAAUCCUUGAUUGUGGCCCUAAAAACAAGACUGUUUUUGAUGGGACUGAUAUUAAGAGAAGUAGGACUAUUUGUGCAUUCAACUCACAGUGAUAGAAUUUGUAAUCAUCGGUAUGAAUGGCUUAAUAGAGGAAAUAAAGAAGAUUUCAUCUACAUCCAAAAGUACAGUCAUUUUUUUUUUACUGCUGUUAUUUUGAAAACCUUUUCAUAACCAUUUGAAAAUAAUUGACAACUAUUUUUUAAAGAUUAAAGAAAGGCAGAUGUCUGCAAAUAAUUCUCCUCCAUCAGCCCAGAAGUCUGUGUUACCUGCAACUAUUCCUCCUGUGCUUCCAACUCCUUCUCCGUGUUCAAGUCCUCAGACAGGACUCUCUUCCCGACUCUCUAAUGGAAGCUUCAGUGCACCAUCACUCACCAACUCCAGAGGCUCUGUGCAUACAGUUUCAUUUCUACUGCAGAUUGGCCUCACACGAGAGAGUGUUACCAUUGAAGCCCAAGAACUAUCUUUAUCUGCUGUCAAGGAUCUUGUGUGCUCCAUUGUUUAUCAAAAGUUUCCAGAGUGUGGAUUCUUUGGCAUGUAUGAUAAAAUUCUUCUCUUUCGCCAUGACAUGAACUCAGAAAAUAUUUUGCAGCUGAUUACCUCAGCAGAUGAAAUACAUGAAGGAGAUCUAGUAGAAGUUGUUCUUUCAGCUUUGGCCACAGUAGAAGACUUCCAGAUUCGACCACAUACUCUCUAUGUACAUUCUUACAAAGCUCCUACUUUUUGUGAUUAUUGUGGUGAGAUGCUGUGGGGAUUGGUACGUCAGGGACUAAAAUGUGAAGGUUGUGGACUAAAUUAUCACAAACGAUGUGCCUUCAAGAUACCAAAUAACUGUAGUGGAGUAAGAAAGAGACGGCUAUCGAACGUAUCUCUACCAGGACCUGGCCUCUCAGUUCCAAGACCCCUACAGCCUGAGUGUAUAGCCCUUCUCAGUGAAGAGUCACAUGUUCACCAAGAACCAAGUAAGAGAAUUCCAUCUUGGAGUGGUCGCCCAAUCUGGAUGGAAAAGAUGGUAAUGUGCAGAGUAAAAGUUCCACACACGUUUGCUGUUCACUCUUACGGCCGCCCCACAAUAUGUCAGUACUGCAAACGGUUACUGAAAGGUCUCUUUCGCCAAGGAAUGCAGUGCAAAGAUUGUAAAUUCAAUUGCCAUAAACGCUGUGCAUCAAAAGUACCAAGAGACUGCCUUGGAGAGGUUACUUUCAAUGGAGAACCUUCCAGUCUGGGAACAGAUACAGAUAUACCAAUGGACAUUGACAAUAGUGACAUAAAUAGUGAUGGUAGUCGAGGCUUGGAUGACACAGAAGAGCCAUCUCCCCCAGAAGAUAAAAUGUUCUUCCUGGAUCCAUCUGAUCUUGAUGUGGAACGAGAUGAAGAAGCUAUUAAAACAAUCAGUCCAUCAACAAGCAAUAAUAUUCCGCUAAUGAGAGUCGUACAAUCCAUCAAGCACACAAAGAGGAAGAGCAGCACAAUGGUGAAGGAAGGGUGGAUGGUCCAUUACACCAGCAGGGAUAAUCUGAGAAAGAGGCAUUAUUGGAGACUUGACAGCAAAAGUCUAACAUUAUUUCAAAAUGAAUCUGGAUCAAAGUAUUACAAGGAAAUUCCACUUUCAGAAAUUCUCCAAGUAUCUUCACCACGAGAUUUCACAAACAUUUCACAAGGCAGUAACCCACACUGUUUUGAAAUCAUCACUGACACUAUGGUAUACUUUGUUGGUGAGAACAAUGGGGACAACUCUCACAAUCCUGUUCUUGCUGCCACUGGAGUUGGACUUGAUGUAGCACAGAGCUGGGAAAAAGCAAUUCGCCAAGCCCUCAUGCCAGUGACCCCUCAAGCAAGUGUUUGCACUUCUCCAGGGCAGGGGAAAGACCACAAAGAUUUAUCUACCAGUAUCUCUGUAUCUAAUUGUCAGGUCCAGGAGAAUGUGGACAUCAGUACCGUUUAUCAGAUCUUUGCAGAUGAGGUGCUUGGUUCUGGCCAGUUUGGCAUUGUUUAUGGAGGAAAACAUAGAAAGACUGGAAGGGAUGUGGCUAUUAAAGUAAUUGAUAAGAUGAGAUUUCCCACAAAGCAGGAAAGUCAACUCCGUAAUGAAGUGGCUAUUUUACAGAAUUUGCAUCAUCCUGGGAUUGUAAACCUGGAAUGUAUGUUUGAAACACCAGAACGAGUCUUUGUGGUAAUGGAAAAGUUGCAUGGAGAUAUGUUGGAAAUGAUUCUAUCCAGUGAGAAAAGUCGCCUUCCAGAACGAAUUACAAAAUUCAUGGUCACACAGAUACUUGUUGCUUUGAGGAAUCUACAUUUUAAGAAUAUUGUGCACUGUGAUUUAAAGCCAGAAAAUGUGCUGCUUGCAUCAGCAGAGCCCUUUCCUCAGGUGAAGUUGUGUGACUUUGGAUUUGCACGCAUUAUUGGUGAGAAGUCAUUUCGGAGAUCUGUAGUAGGAACUCCAGCAUACUUAGCCCCUGAGGUUCUCAGAAGCAAAGGUUACAACCGUUCUCUAGAUAUGUGGUCAGUGGGAGUCAUUGUCUAUGUGAGCCUCAGUGGUACAUUUCCAUUCAAUGAGGAUGAAGAUAUAAAUGACCAGAUCCAAAAUGCUGCAUUUAUGUAUCCACCAAAUCCAUGGAGAGAAAUUUCUGGUGAAGCAAUUGAUUUGAUAAACAACCUGCUUCAAGUGAAGAUGAGAAAACGCUACAGUGUUGACAAAUCUCUUAGUCAUCCCUGGCUACAGGACUAUCAGACAUGGCUUGACCUUAGAGAAUUUGAAACUCGCAUUGGAGAACGUUACAUUACACAUGAAAGUGAUGAUGCUCGCUGGGAAAUACAUGCAUAUACACAUAACCUUGUAUACCCAAAGCACUUCAUUAUGGCUCCCAAUCCAGAUGAUAUGGAAGAAGAUCCUUAAUUAUCAAUGAGCUAACUUCAAUAAGGAAGGAUUUAAUUUUAUGGACUGAUAUUUUGCUUCAUAACUGUUAUUUGUAUGUUGUCAUCUGCAAGGAAGCCAAGACAUGAGGAAAUACAAGGAAUUGGUGAUAAUCAAUACUGUAGUUCAUAUGUAGAUACAGGAAGGGAAGCUAAGUAAUAAAAACACAUAAUGGAAUCAAGGGGAAGCUUUCUAUAAAUUUUUAUAGCAUAAGUAAUAACUGGUUUUGUAUUGUUUCCUGAUCCUUCACUUAAGUACAAUAAUGCCACUUAAUUUAUCUUCCCUUUCCUGAUCUUAUGUCAUUUUUUUUUUAAAGGCAAGCUAGCAAAGCUUGACCAAAUCAUACAAAGAUUGUAAAGUUGAUUACUAAACAUAUUUUCAUUGAAGCAAUAACUGUGAGGCUAAUAAUAUGUGAUUUACUAUAAGGACUUUUAAAUGUUUGUCUAACCGACCAUAGGGGCAUUGAAGCAUUUUUCCUAGAUGCCUACAGAGUGCCAGGCUGUUUUAUCUUUCUUGGUUAGGUCAGUUAAGACUCUAAAACAGUGAUUCCUUACUUUUUUGGAGCUGCAACUCUGAUUAGGGCCUCUACAACAUAAGAAUGAAAUUAUCACCUUUUGAGUAUUUUGCAAUAGCCACUAAGAUAAUUUGGAAUGAUUGGUGUUAGUAACCAAAAAAUAGGAGUAGGUACUGCUGGUGUAAGUACUGUGUGGUUAUGUGUGCCUUCUUGUAGUUCAUUCUGCUGCUUAACAUUGAUGUUCCCACCUGAUACCACUGUGAUGCCACACUGUGUCCCCAGCACUGCAUGGGUGAAGAUCUGAACUUUAAUUACAUAAUUGCUAUCUUUACCCAAGGUUGAAUAAUUUGAGGGAGAAAAGUAAAUAUAUACUAAAAGGAAGGCCAGUGUAGGUCAGUUAAUGCUAUCUAUAUCGUCACUGUAUAGCAAACAGUAUCUCUUUUUCUUGCCUCAGCCUAUUGGAGGGUUUGCAAAUGUUGGGAAUGUUUUAAAUCAGUAUUUUCAUUUUAAGCAAUUUAGGGUUUGGUUUGUGGGUGGAAUAGACAUGAAACACUCAGUUUAUGAGGGUUGCACUAUGUUAUAUUAGCUUAGCCCAGCAAAUGAAAGAGUGGAGUAAGUGCUUCUUUUUACAUUUCAGCUCCAGCAGCCAGCUAUUUUAAAAUAGUUACUAAUACAGGUUGAGUAUCCCUUAUUUGAAAUGCUUGGGAUCAAAGUGUUCCAGAUUUUAGAGUUUUUUAGAUUUUACGAUAUUUAUAUAAACUUUACUGGUUGAGCAUCCCUGAUCUGUAAAUCUGAAAUGCUUUGAAAUCCAAAACUUUUCGAGCUCUGCAUUACUUUCACAUUAGGGAUGUUGGGCUCAGUGGUAGUUUUUGCCAAGUAUGCACAAAGCCCUCGGUUUGAUCCCCAUGGGGGUAGGGGGAACACAGAUUAGGGAUGUCAAGUUGUAUUUUUCCCAAAGAAAAUUUAAGAUUUGGGAUCCACUUAAAAUAUAUAUAUAGUGGCUUUUGUUUCUUCAUUUUUCAGUAAUCACCACAGACCUUGUUUGUCUGUUUCCUUCUUCCACACUCUAAAAGUAAAAGAUUUGGAGUCAGAAAAUCUGGAUUUAAGUCUUUGGCUCCAUUAUUUAUUAGCUCUGCUGGCCUGGGUAGAUAGCCCACCUAAGUCUUUAGUUCUCAGUUUAUGAAAUGAAGACUACAGUCCUUGCCUCUACCUUCCUCACAGUGGUUGCAAAGAUCAGAUAUGAAUGAAUGUACUCAGUAAGCUCAAAAUUAUAAACAUGAAUUACUGCCCACUGAAUUUGAGGUAGUAAAGGAAAAGAAUGCUCCUGCACAUCAACAGAGUAAGACUGAGAUGGCUUUUACAGAUCCCAAAAGCAACUGUCCUACUAUGACAAAAACAUCAUUGAGAAAAUAAUAGAAAGAUUAUGCAGUGGUUAUAUAUUCUAAGUUCUUUGAGUGUUUUAAUUUAUCCUCACAAUAUCACAUGGUAAGUACAUUACGAACCCCAUUUUAUACAUGAGGAAACUAAGGCACAAAGAAAUUAGCUACUAAAAUUCCCACAGUAGUAUGUGAAUAUGAACCCAGGCAGAAUGUCUCCAGAAUCCCUCUUCACCCUGCUGGCCAUUAUGCUGUACACUAUCCUUUGCAAAUAUAUUUUUUCACUGAGGGAUAUUCCGCACAUCUCGUUAAUCUGUUCUCUUAGAGCAGUUGCAAAGAUUAAACCAAAUUAGAGAAAACUUUGGAUUUUCCCUGUGUUAGAGAAUGACUUCCCCAAAUUUCUCCAAAGUAAGCCUGUUUAUAUCAACAUGCACAAAAUGGAAUAAUUUUGAGUCACUACUGUGGUUUUACUACAUAAGGUAAAAAUUAACUGGAAUGUUCGUUUGCUAUUCUUAUAUAAUCAAACUUUACAAGCCAUGAAAUUAAUUGCACUCUUUUUGUUAAUGCCUACGUUUUCUAAAAAGUUUUGUAAGGGCACUGUCAGAUAAUUUGGAGUUGAGUAAUUACUCCAGAUACUGUAUAACUUGCAUAACCUUUUGUCUUGAAAUUGUGUUUGUAUAAGAAAUAAUUGCUAGAAACAUUUGAUAAUGUACAAAGUAGUCUAAUGACAUUCUUCAGUACAUUUUUAUAUUUUUUGUUACAUCCCACUUUUUGUAAAUAUGCUCUAAGAAGCUUGAUAAUAAAAUGUAUUUCUGUAUCACUAUA